GAAUCACUUAAUUCUGCAAGAGCAACUUUCCUGUGAUCAUUUGAGAGAUUAUUUGACUAGAAUAUCAAAACUACCAUAAUGAAGCACUUUCUGAGGAUUUCUACAAGCAAGAAUUCUUUUUAUUAAAAAAAUAAUACAAAACCAUUGAAAACAAAAUUGAGUAACCAUGCAUGCCAUUCUUGUUGUAAAAGAAGAUACCUACUCUCACUUGUUUGAGAAGGACGAGUAGUAGAACAUUACAGAAUGUUUGUUCAGGUGUGCCUGUACUUCUAUUGUAAAUGCUUGUGGCGCUGCCUGAAAUUUGUGGCUAGGAAAUUGACAGGACGAUGUGAAUUGCAAAGGAUCUGUUACAACACCAAGCCCGGAGCCAGCAGAACUAUGAAAAUAGAGUCAUCACUGAGGGGAUCAAAGAGUAAGUUGCUGCAAACUUCAGUAAGUGUUCAUCCAGAUGCCAUAGAGAAAACUAUAGAUGACAUCAUGGACCUGAAAAAGAUUAAUCCAGAUAUAAAUCCACAGUUAGGAGUAUCUCUUCAGGCCUGUCUCCUACAGAUUGUAGGAUACAGAAAUCUGACUGCAGAGGUGGAAAAGCUGCGCAGAGAGCCAUAUGAUUCGGAGAAUCCCCAGCAUGAAGAAAUGCUUCUAAAGUUAUGGAAAUGUUUGAAACCUGAUUCCCCAUUGGAGGCUCGCAUUUCAAAGCAGUGGUGUGAAAUUGGUUUCCAAGGUGAUGAUCCUAAAACAGAUUUUAGAGGGAUGGGACUUCUAGGAUUAUAUAACUUGCUAUAUUUUGCCGAACGGGACACUGCUAUUGCUCUGCAAGUUCUCUCUGAUUCCCUUCAGCCAAAAUACAGGGAAGUCACUAAAAAGGACCUAAGCCAGUUCAGCAAAGCAGAGUGGGAGAGGAAAAAGUUUGAUAAGGCAAUUGGUUACUCUUUUGCUAUUGUUGGCAUUAACAUAACAGACCUUGCAUACAACCUGUUGGUGAGCGGUGCUCUGAAGACCCAUUUCUACAAUGUGGCUCCAGAAGCUCCGACCUUGGCCCAUUUCCAGCAAACAUUCUGUUACUUGAUGCAUGAAUUCCAUAAAUUCUGGAUUGAAGAGGAUCCACCGGACAUAAUGGAGUUUAAUCGUGUGAGAGAGAAAUUUCACAAGCAAAUCUUAAAACAACUCCAGAAUCCGGAUAUGGCUCUGUGCCCUCACUUUGCUGCCUCAGAAAGCUUAAUCAACAUGUAGUCAUUCAACUGAUUUGAUUUGAAAACACUGCCUCACUCUUGUAUUAGAUCACAGUUUAGACCAUCACUGACAUGCUGAAUGACCAUGGCGAUUGUAUGCAUGCUUUUUGGUGCAUUAUUCAUCUAUUUUUGUCAUAAAUACUAGAUCCCCUGGCACUUGUCUUUCCAGGGGGUUUCUCAUUAAACGGGUGCUCAUAUUGCGGCAUUAUGCAGUGUUACAUUCUGAAUUCAGUGUUACAUUCAGGUAUUGAGAGUUUUCUAUUUUUUUAAAAUUUUUCCCAUAAUUUCUCAUUGAAUUGUAUUUCUCUAGCUGUGUUUUGUAUAUGUGGAAUCAUUAGCUGGAUCUUGUACUGUGCAAGCUUUUUAACUUAUUGAUAUGUUUUAUGACAACUAUUGACAUUUCAAGCAAAGUACAUGUUUGGACCUUAUCUAGAAGAUAAUGUAUGUAACCUUAAUCGAAUGCAGACAAACACAUUAAAGUCUAGAUUUUUCCAUGCAACCAUACGUGCUUCAUGAAAAAUUAACGAGGCUUAUGAGAUACAAACUUCAGUGGGAAUCAAUUUGUUUAAAAUAUGCAGAAUUUCAAUAGGACUCCACAGCUGCAUGAAUCCCAAAUAAGCUGAAGACUUUAUUGCAUUUAUAGUGAAGAGAAAAUACAUUCAUCAUUACUGAAUACUGGAAGGGGUCACCUUCAUAAGAGGUUGCAUAGGGCGAGGACUCCCUCAAGCACAUCUAAAUUCUGGUGCACUGCUUUGGAAAUGAGAGGGUUCACAUUUCGCAUAUCAGUGGGUGACAUGAUUUGGUAGUGUGCUGCUUGGCACUUCAGGGGAACAAAUAGAAAAAAAUACAGAAAUGUUUGCUUUGUGGUGUUAACUCUGCUCCUAAGAACUGUGAGAAAUAAUUGAAUGGGCAGGUUUAGAAGAAAAACAUAAUAGUUUCCCAAAACCGCUUUAAAAAUAUAGGGAAAAUUGAUUUUUUUAAAAAGUGUCUGAUGCUCUGACGAUGUGUAGCAUAUGGAAUAGUAUUUGCCAUGGCAUUUCAUACCCAUGGUAUUUUUUUACCUUCUAAACAAUCAAUUUUAGUAUUAGAUGUUUGUGUAAUCACUUGCAUACUGAGAUUAAAUUUUGAGGAUUGCUCAAUGACUUGUGAAUUAUAUGAAUAAAUUAUAUGUCAUUCUA